GUACGUUCCGCCUGUCCUGGAAGUCCAGAGGGAAAAGAACAGCCCUUGGUAUUGUUUGCUCCAUGUCAGAAGUAUUUGCAGUCAGCCGCUUCUCCUCAAUACACCACUCAUGGCGGUUUGCGUCAAACAAGACGCUUGCAUGCGGUGAAUCAGGCACAAUCUUUAGAACCGAACAACGCAUCGAAGGAUCGUUUCAGUGCUAUUGCACGACAGACCUUCCUUGAGGCGGUUACUGGCUAUUUUAGGCGUGCGUAGGACAAGAGGCUAUUCUGUGGCCCCUUGGACGUUCGAAGAUAUAGCACAUAAACAAUCGCGGACUGCAUACACAUAAGUGACAGGUUCGUCCCAACUUCGAUCCAGUACUUUCAACAGCACUUAUUCGCGAAUCGAUUUUAGGUUGCCACUGCUCUCUUACACAGAACAAAUCUGACCAUUCAGCAAUAACCUCGUUCCUUUAAUAAAUACUUGAAAAUGACCACUCCCAUUGAUGCCCACUCUCGCCAGUAUUCCCAUGUCAACGGCUCAAUCAAUGAUCUUCUGGAGAGGUUCGCGGUUUCGGAGCUCUGCAAGGGCUGGCCGGUGUACCGAGACUCUUCCGAGUGGAAGAACUAUCGCGACGUCUUCGCCAAAGACGCCACUGUCUGGACCACAUGGAGCAAGGGCCGCUCCGUCGAUGACUUCAUCGCCGUGUCCAAGCAGGGCAAGGAGAGGGGCGACUUCAUCAUGCACCGCGAAUGCGGGACGCUUGUCGAGUACUCGGCGGAGCACGGCCGGGCCGUGGGCAAGAUGAAGGCCACGAUCACGCAGCGCUUCAAGGUGGCGACAGCGGAGCUCGCGAGCACGGCGUGCCCGCUCGGGACCGAGUUCGACGUCGACUGCGACGCCCGCUUCAUCUUCUUCUGCCUCCGGGACCCCGGGGCGGGCGGGGCGUGGAAGGCCAGGUACGUCAAGCUGUUCUACGAGAAGGACAAGAUCGUCCCCGUCGACGGCGUCCACGCCCCCGUCUUCCCCAGGGAGCUGCUGGACUCCUUCCCGGCCGGCUACAGCUACCUAGGGGCUGCUCAGAAGACCCUGGGAUACCCGGUCACACCGAACCUGCCGACGCCUGGUGACCUCGACUCCUGGUUCGGCAUGUACAACAAGAUGGAACAGUGGUUGGCUGGGGAAGAGAUUGACCUGAAGGUUGGUGACGACAAUUUCUUGGAAACGGAGUCUGGAGAGAACACGCCAGUCAAGGAUAGCAUCAAAGGGCCUUUGCCGUCCGAGACUGGCGGAAAGAACAGCAUCAGCUUUGCAAAACAUGGCGAAAAGGCCGCUGUGACGGUCAGUGCUUAG